AUGACUUCUCCAAUGAUUCAAAAAGAUAUUGUGAGUGCUUGUAAGACAGAAACAAUUAAAGCUAUUCUUGAGGAAUUAAAUGGUCACUACUUUUCUUUACUAGUUGAUGAGUCUUUUGAUGUGUCACGCAAGGAGCAAAUGGCUAUUGUCUUACGAUAUAUUGAUAGAAAUGGAUUUGUGAUGGAGCGGCUUCUUGACAUUGUUCAUGUUCAAGAUACUAGUGCUUUAUCUCUAAAGAGAGCAAUUGUUAAUUUACUUGCUCAACAUUCCUUAAGUCUAUCAUAUGUGCGUGGACAAUGUUACGAUGGGGCAAUCAAUAUGCAAGGUGAGAUCAAUGGCCUUAAAAUGUUGAUUAGGCAAGAAAGUAGAUCGGCCCAUUCCAUUCAUUGUUUUGCUCAUCAACUUCCACUAACUCUUGUUGCGGUCUCGAAAAAAUGUAUUGAAGUGGGAAAACUUGUAGUGUUGGUUUCAAAUAUUAUGAAUGUAUUGGGAUCUUCUUUUAAGCGUAUGGAUGAAUUUCGAGAUUCUCAAAAAGAAAGAAUUCAAGAGGCAUUAGAUUUGGGUGACCUUACAACCGGUAGGGGCUUGAAUCAAGAACUUGGUCUUGCAAGAGCUUGUGAUCCGUGUUGGGGAUCUCAUUUUAAAUCUUUCAACAAUUUUAUUCUUAUGUUUGGCUCUAUUCUUAAUGUUCUUGAAUCACUUGUUCUUGAUGCACGAUUAUUGGAUGAAAGAGCCAAGGCAAUGGGAUAUCUCGAAGCUUGUCGAACAUAUAAGGUUGCGUUCAUGUUGCAUUCGAUGAGGGAUGUUUUUAGCAAUCACAAAUGA